AUGGACUUGGCAGCAUUUUCGGCGCUGCCUGAGUUCGAGUAUGCCGGAUUUGCAACUGCCACCACCAGCGACGAACCGAUAUCGGCCUCGACCUGGAUGCCACACCCCGGACGCGAAGUACACAACAACUUGAUGCUGGCUUCACGUCCUGCUCUAAGCGAGGGCGAUGGCCCUGCUACUGGAUUGACCAGCCCUACCCAGAGCCAGAAAAGAAAUGCGUCCGUUGCAGGCUUUGACAGCUCACCUGCAAGUGCGAGCAUUGGCUCUCCAGACUUGAACGAUGAACAUGCUCGUGUCGACGGCAAGCGCAGGCCUGUGAAGAGAGCCUGCAAUGAGUGUCGUCAGCAAAAGCUACGAUGCAAUGUCGUCCAAGAGCCCUUCCAGACCUGCUCACGAUGCAAGCGACUCAACCUCGACUGUAAGAUUGAGGACAAUUUCAGGAGGGUGGGCAAGAGAUCGCGAAACGCAGAAAUGGAACGCGAGAUCAUUGAGCUGAGAAAACAGGUGGCGCAACAGACUGGGACAACGCCGGGCCGAGUCUCGCAGAACAACCUGAAUCGCCCACAAUCUGGGUUAUCUUCAUUCACUCAGGACGCUGCUGCGGCCGGACUCAUGGACCUAAGAGAGGGCAAGAGUCCUGGAAGGUCCGUUUUCAGGCGACUUGAAGAUGUGGCCUUGACUCAGGACCGAGUACAAGAACUCUUCCAGCGCUUCUUCACCUUCCAACAUCCAUUCUUGCCCUUCCUAAAUCCUGCCCGGACUCCAGAAGAAUACCACACAAGGUCGCCUUUGCUGUUUUGGACAAUACUGGCGGUUGGGGCCCGGCACUACACAACCGAGCCGGAACUCUUUAAUGCUCUUUCAGGACCAUUAACGCGACUGAUGUGGUCAACAAUAGCUGAAGUGCCUCAAAAUUACCACAUCAUCAAGGCACUUAUCCUCCUGUGUGCGUGGCCGUUGCCUACAAGCAGCACCUCGACCGACCCGACAUUCAUGAUCUGUGGAAUCAUGAUGCAGAUAGCCUUACAGAUUGGUCUACAUCGUCCAACCCACGCUCAAGACUUCAGCAAGUUCCGCGUCGAGCUCAGAGAGGUAGAGCUCCAGGACCGUGUCGUGGUGUGGAGCGUAUGCAAUAUUGUGGCGCAGCGAAUAUGCACUGCAUACGGACAGCCUCCUCUGACCAUCUAUGACUGGACACUGGGACCGAAACCCAUCGAGACCAAUCCGAACUACGAAUUGCCAGCACCCAUAUAUAACCGACUGCUCAUUGAAAAAUUCGUUGACAAAGUCUCCCGGACUCUGUACAUGAAUCCUCAUGACCCGGUCGGUCUGGCUGCUGAUGCAGAACGGCAUACGUACGUGUCAUUUCUGGCUCGUGAUCUCGAGGAGCUGGAAGACAAGCUCAGACACGACACUUCCCCGAUCACUCGAGUCUAUCUCAAAGCGGCAGCUCUGCACAUGAGGCUGAACGCAUUUUUCUCUCCACCAUCGCUGCCGUCGUAUCGCACCGACCUGUUCAAGCUCUCUCAGAGUACUACUGAAUACCUUGAAACUUGUCUGGGCCUGGAAAAUAGUGUCAGCGUGAAUCUACCGUCGAGUUAUUCGCAUGGCCUGUCGCUGUCACACGCGACCAACUACAUUUUCCAUAUGAUGCUAGCCGCUGGCUUUUCACUCUUGAAGCUCAUGCAUAAUUUCUUGGGUGAGCAUGAUAUGGAUGUUAAAGGAGCAUCUGAAUUGCUUUCAAGAACAGUAUGGGCCUUGCGAAGUAUGAGCGUGGUGGAGAAUGACCUCGCUGAGCGGCUGGCAGAGGUAUUGGCUCAAGUUUGGAAGAGUGGAAGAGUACGAGCGGACCCGAAUCCGAAUAUCAUUGGAGAAGGUGAUGUCGACGACAGCUUGCAACUGAAAGUCAAAUGUCGAAUGUCGAUGUCACUGGUGUUUGACUCUGUCUGGCGAUGGCGGAGGAACUUUCACUUCCGAGGCGGGAAGCCCUCUGAUGUCCGACAAGCUGAUGCCAAACUCCAGCAGACAGACAGUAUCAUCAUCCCAGCUGCCAACAUCGAAGGUACUGCUUCUGUGAACGACCCUAUGCUAUCCGCACCUGCCAUUGUUCCGGGAAUGGCUGGUAUGGCGACAGGUAUGGUUGAUGACUAUUCCAUGGAUUACAGUCAAGCAAGCUAUGAUGUAUUUGACCCUCUUAAUUGGAUGUUGGAUGGAAUCGUUGAUUUCCCAUACAAUUUCAACAGCGUCCAAGGUGCCGACAUUGCUGGUAUGGACACGCUUGGAGGGCUAUGA